AUGCUUAUUUCAGUAAUUACGAUAGUCGCAGCGGCAAUCAGUGCUGCAAUGGCCGUGCAAGCAAUGGCAACAAUUCGCUUCGUGGCUCCGUGCUACGUGCAACCAUUCAUCAGUACAACCAGUGACGAAAAAUCUAUGCGUUUAUUAAACUGCUGUGGCCCAUAUUCCAAUAUUACCAAAGGUAAUCCAGACCUCUGCAGCAUCAGCAUUAGUCACUGA